AUGCCAGUUCAACAGAGCGUGGAGCAGCCAGCUACUGAGCAUACGGACUUUGGUGAUCAAGAUGAGCUUCACGAAACAUCGGCGGUCGUUCGGCACGUGAGCUUUGAUGAAUCGCCACCAACGCCAGACCUGGAAGCACUUCCUGUACGAAGCACUGGACGACGAGCACCAAAGCGCAAGAACCCUCCUUUGAGACCACAUCGUGAGGUGAAGCGACAAACAAGGGCGAAUCUGCGGAGUGUUCGACUUCGCAACACUUCAUCGUGGACUGCCAUCAACAUCAGGAAUUCUCCGUAUGCAGGUGCUGACUUGAGCAAUGGAGAGGACAAGGACCUUGACUUCACUCCUGAUCUCGAGGUUGACGACGAUGACGAUGACGAAGAUGAAGAGCAGGAGGAGGUGGUGGAGGAUGAUAGCAACGAUGAGAUGGAGGACAUACCAAAUACCCCAGCAACACCGUCACCUUCGCUCUCAGACGAAGAUCUCGAAACCACAAAGACACGAUACUCCGCCCCUCGCUCCGUCGCAUAUCGCUACGCAAGCGGUCCACCCGGUCGCAAGUUCAAAUACCACCGCAUGCCCAAGUCCGUCGCAUUAGUAUGGCAAGAGUGGAAGCACGGCAGUAACGGAAAUCCAUCGAUCCAGUCACUCGAGGAAAAGUACAGCACAAGAUGGCGAAUGGGGACGUUGCAGGAGCGCAAAUAUGCGAGCAAUUACGUCGGUGUGAGGCAGAAGGUUGUGAGAAAGGUGGAGGAAAUGUGUGAGCAGAAGGGAUUGACGCCGGAAAAGGCUUGUGAGGUUUUGGAUAGACGCGUUGAUGGGAGGAUGCAAUUGCUCAUGACGGCGUUGAGAAAGGGGCAGGAUCCGUUGGUCGUUGUUCCAAGGAGGUAG